AUGUCAGGGGAUCACUAUGAAGAAAUCGGUCCGAUGCGGAGGACCCAGCAGGCUAGAGGAGGACCAGAUCCAUUCCAACCGCCUGAUUAUCUAAUGCUGCCGCAAUCACCCGCUGGACCAGCACAUGAAGACAACCAUUACGAAGCAAUCGCUAAUUUUAAUGAUCCUCAAUAUUUUUCACCUCCUGAUGUUUUAGCACCAAAACGAGAAGAAGCAGCAACACCUACGAAAGCCGGUCAAAAAUGGACUGAGAGUACCAGAGAUGUUACCUUAACGGAUACCGAGAGAACAGUGCGACAAGAAUCUGCGAAGAAAAGAAAGACGCGAAGGAAGAUACCGUUAUGGACGUAUUUAACGGUCACAAUGUUGAUGCUAGUAAUCAAUGUUGUAUGCACAAUGUUAUUUGUGCGUGGUGUGAGAUCUGGUUGCUCUGCUCAAGAGACAAUGAGUAAAGGUCAUUUGAAACGACUGAAAGUUCUCCGGAAGAUUAACGAACUCAGACGUUCAAAAACCGUGGAGGAUGACAAGGAAAACAGUUUCUCUCAAAGCAGAACAAAACGACAAAUUGAGCGUAAAAAAGAAACUGACGUGAAAAAGUCGAAAAAAUCCGCAAACAAUUGCAAAGCUGCGAAGAAGGCGGAAUAUAUUGAGAUGGGUGAAACAGGCGGUCAUGGUGGUGUUGAAAGGUGUAAAUCGAAACGUGUCAUAAAAGCAAUUGUUUAUGGGAAUACGGCUGUCCAUUUGGGAAAAAAACUGGACAACGACCAUACCCAUGAAUGGACCGUUUUCGUGAGGCCUUAUCAUAACGAAGAUCCAUCGAAAUUCAUCCGAAAGGUUCAAUUCAGAUUGCACGACUCAUACGCCAAUCCAACCAGAGUGGUAGAAAAGCCGCCGUUCGAGGUCACGGAGACUGGUUGGGGUGAAUUUGAAGUGCAAAUUCGAAUUUAUUUCAUUGAUGUGAGCGAAAAGCCGAUAACUGCAUUUCAUUAUCUUCGAUUAUUUCAACCGCAGGCAACGUUACCGAAUGGAAAGACAAUCGUUGCAGCCGAAUAUUAUGAUGAAAUCGUGUUUCAAGAGCCGACGGUGACAAUGUACAAAGCGUUGGUGGGUUCUGAGGGUCGAAAAUGCGAUCCAAAAAGAUUUUACACUGAUUUUGUUCACGUUCGGAAACGUACUCUGGAAAUGAUCACAAAUGCAAGAACCGAGAUUGGUAAAGAAAUCGACGAUUUGAGGGAAUCACUGAAAGAUGCACAUAAGUUGAUUCAAAAGUACCGAGCUGAAGUGGAGAAUCUCGAAAGUGCAGCUGCAUCAACUCCUGCGCCUGUUUCUUUUUCUGUUGGAGAUGGCAAACCCGAAUAG